AUGGAGUCGCUCCCUCCCCAACUCCGCUGUACCUAUACGCUCCUCCUUCCCCAUAUUUUGGUUCUAGCGACUCUUCUAGUCGUCGCUCACGAUUACCUCCCAAAAUCAUCUCCUAUCCUCAGGCUAGAAAUGCCGCCCAUCGAGGUCUUUGAACCUACCCACAAAGUUCAGCUCUUGUUUGAGCUUUUCCGCCGGGGAUCAAGGCAACCACGACGGAAGUCUUCUCAAUUUAUACCCUUUGCGAGAAAGCAAUCUGAAGGCUCGAAAUCGUCGCUGUUGGAUCUCCCCCGUGUGUCAAGGACUAGCGCUAGCGAACGUCAGCAUCACUCCACCUCCUUUACCUCGUCCACCCUGUCAAAUAAUGACUCUCAACACCUCGUGCAUGACCAUGAAUAUUAUUGCGAUCCGUCCAGUGCUACCGAUGACCAAUGCUGUACAUUGAAGGUGGAGACCACGUUGUUUAGGGUUCUCAGAAUAGUUCUUUGCCGCGACAACUCUGCCUUUUCGAAAAGACUUUGGUUUGGUCGCAAGGACUGUGGGGGUGUGUUCAAUAUCCCAGGAGAGGCGGAUCGUUUCCGCGAUUUACUAUGGGUGCUUCAUACCAUGCCUCCGGACUUUCAUUUUGGUUCUCAAAGCUCAGAUUCAGACGACCGCCGUUAUACUGGCCUACAUGAUGUAUCACUAUCUCGAUUACUCAAUAUCGCUGAGCUAGCGCACGACUACUCCUUCCCUUCAUUCCAACGCUGGGCCGUGGAAAAGAUUUAUCGUUUUCUCCUCCGUUGCAGCUCACCGGAAUCUACGAUUCCACUUCCGAGCUCUGCAACGUCCUCUCUUUCCUCCUCUUCAUCAAUGACCUUUGUUACAAUUGAUUCCGCAACCUCUUCUAAAGACGACGAUCCCGACGAAAUCUACGGUAGGAUUCUGAAAGUUUCGUUGAACAGUAAACAUCCACAUCUCCUCGAUCUCCUUGUCCAACGGCUGGUCGUCAGGAUCCUUUGGUAUGAUUACCUCCCUGGCCCAGCACUCAUGGAACCUAUCAUUCGAAAUCGUUCUCAUAAACCCGUCGACACGCUGCUCGGUGUCAUUAAUUAUCGGAUGCUCGUGGAUCUCCCUCAGGUCGAACAUCGAACGUCCCCCGGAAGGUUGUCUCCUCCACAACACGUCUUCCCUCGAGAGAUGCCUAUUGAGCAGCGGAUGGAGUUUCUUGCCGCUCAUCAUUCACUCACUAGUUCAUGGAAACAAGUUCGCGAGAAUCCACCUGAACUUCGAUGCCAGUCAUCGUCAUCGUCGGACGACCCUUCGAGGUCGAAAAGAAGUAGCGGCAGCAGUAUGAAGCGGUCGUUCCUUCCCCGAGGGCUUCAGCGACGCGGUUCUUCUACUUCCUCAAACAGCAACGAGAGCCAUGACCUCCCAUCUUUACAUGUUUCAUGUGGAAACACAUGGAAACGGGUGUGGCGGUCUUCCUGUCGAUACGCGGAGACGCGAUCCAAAAGUCGGGAUGAUAUCUUGGGAAUGUUAAAAGUUACGAUGCUGCGGAUACGGAAAGUGACGGCCGACGAUGGUAAUAUAUGCCUCGACUGUGCGCUGGAAGGGUUGGAAGCGUUAGAUGUGAUUAGGGAUAAGGUUAUCGAUGGGUUGCCGAGUAUGUUUGUUUACAGAUGA